GAGGAAGAUGAGUAGUCAAAUAAAAAAGUUUGAUGGGAUCUAUAGGGAGUCUCCGCAAUUUAAAGGACAACAUUUCAUUUUCACGUAAUAUGUAGAGCUCUGCAACUGCAAAUUCUCUUUAUGAGUUCAACUGAGCUACACAUAGCUACAGCACAUUAAUGGAUCCACCAUAUUAAAAUCCCCACCAUUUUCAUCUUCCUCCCCCAGCUUUUCUCUUUAUACUCACACACACGCACACACAGAUUUCCACAUGGGCAAAGCUUCCCGGUGGUUCAGAAAUCUCCUCGGUCUCAAAACCACCGAUCCCGGACGCUGCCUGCCCCGCCGGUCGCCGGCCAAGAAGAGGUGGAGCUUCGCCAAGUCUGAUAGGGAGAUAGACCGUGAAUUACGCGGCGGAGACGACUGUUCCGACGCCGGAAAGCAAGCAAUCGCUGUGGCCGCCGCCACCGCAGCUGUCGCCGAGGCCGCCGUCGCUGCCGCUCAGGCUGCCACCGCCGUGGUCCACCUCACGAGCAGCGGCAUGAACAUCCCGACGGCGGGGGCUGGCCGCGCCGCGCGCCCCCAGGCUCAUGUUAGCGGGCGUGGCGCACGUUACGGGAGGCGUGAUGAGGAGUGGGCGGCCGUUAUCGUGCAGUCUCAUUUUCGUGCCUAUCUGUCACGAAAAGCUUUACGGGCACUUAAAGCAUUGGUCAAGAUUCAAGCAUUAGUGAGAGGUUAUCUCGUGAGGAAGCAAACUGCAUAUGCUCUUAGACGGCUGCAAGUGCUCGUGCGAGCACAAGCUCGAGCUCGAGCAGGACGAUUUUUGUACUAUGAAUCUCCACAAUCGAGCAUGAAAUCAUCGAACUUCAAUUAUCAGGGGCCACCAACUCCCGAAAAAUCAGAACGUGCUGUUAUACGUGCUAGAACCAUGAAGCAAGAACUCUCCACAAUGCUCAAGAGAAACAGCUCGAAUUCGAACAGCAGCACCCGUUUGGACAGCCGAACGAGCGAAAAAUCACAUCACCAAACAGACAUUGACAAAUUCGACAAAAUUCUCGAAGUCGACAGCUGGAACCCACAUGUCACCUCCAGAAACCGAACCCUCUCUUACAUGUCAAAGGACUCCACGGCCCGUUACCAGUCAGCCCUGAGCACUUCGUCCUGUGAAGCCCAAUCCUCGGGCCCAAGGCCCAAGAAGCAAGACACAGGCGAAAGCACUUUCUGCACGGCUGAAAACAGCUCAACUUUCUACUCGGCAGCAUCUUCGAGAAAGGGAGGUUUUACGCCUACAGAAAGUGAUGGCUCGAGAAGCUGUUUUAGUAAUUAUUCUGAUUUUCCAAGUUAUAUGGCUUGUACGGAGUCUUCUAAAGCUAAAGCAAGGUCGCUUAGUGCACCCAAACAGAGACCUCAGUUCGAGAGGUCGAGUUCGACUAAAAGAUACUCGAUUCAUGGGUUUGGUGAUUUGAGGUCGGGUCAUAGAGUGUCUUCUGGUUUGCAAGCUGAUUUCACGAGCAAGGCUUAUCCGGGAUCUGGGAGGUUGGACAGGCUUGGGGUGCCUGUUAGAGGGGAUGUUAGUGGGUUUAGUGAGGGUAAUUGGUAUAGGUAUUGACUAUUAUUAUUGGUAAAUUGAGGUUGUUUGGUUUCUGGUUAGUGACUGAUUAUGAAUUUAGCAGCUAGUUAGUUAUAUAUGGUUUGGAUGUUGAGAAUACUGCAGGUGUUGUAAUGAGCCAAAUUUCACUGCAAAGGAAAAAUUGACUCUUUAUCUAAUUGUUGUAGACUUAGCUAGAUUGGAUUUUGGUAAAAUUAAAUGAAAUCGCCUAAACUUAUCA